AUCAUGCUAAACCAGAGCUUUGUCACUGAGUUCUUACUCCUGGGACUUACACAGAAUCAAAAGGUUCAGAAAAUACUAUUUGUUGUAUUUUUGUUUGUCUACAUUGCAACAGUUGGGGGCAACAUAAUGACUGUGGUGACCAUCGUAUGCAGCCCUGCACUGCUUCGCUCCCCCAUGUACUUCUUCUUGGCUUUCCUGUCCUUCCUGGAUGCAUGCACUUCCUCUGUCAUCACACCAAAGUUAACUGUGGAUUUGCUUUAUCCGAGAAGAACCAUUUCCUUUGAAGGCUGCAUGACACAGCUCUUUGCUGUGCACUUCUUCACUGGGGUAGAGGUGAUUAUCUUGAUAAGCAUGGCCUAUGAUCGCUAUGUGGCCAUUUGCAAGCCCUUGCACUACUCUUCCAUCAUGAACAGGAGACUCUGUGGAGUUCUAGUAGGAGUGGCCUGGUCAGGGGGCUUCUUCCAUUCUAUCAUACAAAUUAUAUUUAUAUUGCACCUACCUUUUUGUGGCCCCAAUGUCAUUGAUCACUUCUUGUGUGACUUGUUCCCAUUAAUGAAGCUUGCCUGCACUGACACUCAUAUUUUUGUCAUUUUGGUGUUUGCAAACAGUGGAUCUUUCUGCAUCGUCAUCUUCUCCUUGUUGCUUGUCUCCUAUGGUGUCAUCUUGUUCUCUUUGAGAGCCCAGAGCUCUGCAGGGCGACAUAAAGCUCUCUCUACCUGUGGAUCCCACAUUACUGUGGUGGUCCUGUUCUUUGUCCCAUGCAUAAUAAUAUAUGCAAGGCCUACAUCUGCCUUCUCCUCUGAGAAAAACAUGUUUUUAUUUGCUACCAUCCUGUCACCAUUGCUAAAUCCCAUGAUUUACACUUUUAGGAAUAAAGAAAUGAAGAAUGCCAUCAGGAAAAUGUGGAAGAGAUUGGUAGUGUCUUAUGGUAUAUCUUAA